UAGGAGGUAGCUGUUUUUACCUGCAUCAAAUCGGAAAGGUAGAAGAAAUAAUUUUUAGUUAUAACAGUGAUGGAAGAAGUUCAAUUACCAAUGGAAAAAGCAUGCGAGCCUGCUGAAAAUGCUCGUCAACCUCAGAUGCAUUCCGAAAAAGAAAAGGGUAAAAAGAAUACUGUAACAUUUGAAAACGAUUUGGAUAACAGUAAAAGUCGAAACGAUAAUAACAGAGGGUACAAGGAAGUUCUAAGUCAGCCACCAGAUAAUAUUACUCAGCUACAAAAGCUGCAAUGGCUACAAAAACGUCGUUCCUCUGGUCUUUGGGCGCAAUGCGACACUUGUGACAAAUGGCGGUAUCUACCUCACAUUCUCGAUAGCUACGAGCUUCCGAAGAAGUGGUAUUGUAAAAUGAACCCAGAUACAAAAAUGGCAGAUUGUUCAAUCCCCGAGAUCCCCAUACACUUGCACGAUGAAGAAGACCUCAUACACAGUGAAUACGCGGCCGGUUCGCUGGUGCUAGCGCGGCUGCCCGGCUGGCCCUGGUGGCCCGCUAUGGUCGACGAUUGUCCCGAUACUGAACAAUAUUAUUGGCUAGACGGAUUUUCUGAUAUACCAACACAUUACAAUGUUGUGUUUUUCGAUACUGAGGCAACAAGAGCGUGGUUAGCUCCAAACCAACUCAAACCCUAUGGACCAAACAAAAAUAUUAUAAAAACAUCUCUGAAAAAAAUUGCCUACAAAAAACGUUUGGAAGUGUCUAUAGCGCAAUGCAAAGAUGCUGAACAAUUAUCGCUCACGGAACGUUUACAGAAAUACAGCUUUAUAAACCGCUAUAAAGGUCCAAUUGUUAGUCCCAAAAAAAUAAAUAAAAAGGAUGCCCAAAAGUACCGACGACAUCUGAAAAGAAAAUAUGAUGUAGAUUUACCACAAGAUUUUUUCGAAUCGGACGAAGAUACUCAUAAUGAAAAUAAAGAAGAAAUGAUAAAAGAAAACGUCAUUAUCGUUGGAUCAAAGAAAACGAUCGACGCAAGUAAGAAUGACGACACUUCUUUUAUUGAUGUACAGGCAGAUAAGAUUAAUAAAGAUGCCUCGUUAAUUGUUCAAGUUGGUACUGAUAAAGAUGACCAAACUAAGGAAAUGACUACCGAAAAUCAACUUCAAAACAAAAAUUUGACUACUUCACUUCACUUCGAGAACGGGAACGAGAACUUCAGGAGUGAAGUAGAUACUACGUAUACUGAAAAUAAUUCUAAUUCACCGCACAGUGAUGAUUUUGAUUUUUAAAGAUAUUUAGCGCCUUUCUUUUUUGUUACUUUUUCUUGCAACUCUUGUCUGUAAAAAAAAUAUUUAUUUUUUCCAUUUAUUUUUGUACGAUACAACGUGUACAUUCAACGUACCUACCCUUAAAAAUAUUUCUUUUAUUAUUAAUAUAAUAAAAUGAUGUUUUUCAUUAGAAAGUAAAGUAAGAAAGGACCCUACUUUGAUUUCUGUAACUAGGUAUUUAAUAUGAUACUAAACUGUUGUACUUACCUACUAGAAUAUAAUGUUUAUGAGUAAGAA